UCAGUCUUCCUACGGAAGUGAACCGGGAUCGAGCGAGCAAAACGGCGGAAACAGUUUGUCAAUUACCUUCCAACGGUUUUCCAGUGCCAUGUGAGCUGGCAGUGUGUGCAAUAGUGAGUGGUGUUCUGAAUGGAGGAUACAAAAAAAUCCUCUUUGACGACAUAGUCGCCAAUCAAUCAGCCCUCAACCCACAUCGCACCGUAAAGACGGUCAUCCGUGCGUAGCUGCACCGCAUUCGGAAAGCUACAGUUGCCAGUUGCCAGUGUAUGGGAAUGGAGCAAAGCAAUCAAAAGUUCCAUCACCUCUCAGUGCUGUUGUUUAUGGCGGCCAAGCUGUGCUGUUUGCAGAUGUCCAUCGGGGCGACGUUUAGCCUCCUGCGGCAACCACACGCUGCUAGUUGCGAUUGUGUCCGAAUUAGUGAUAAUAACAAUAACCAUUUCAACGGAAGCUGGCAUGUUCCGACCGCAGCUAAUGGCAGAAGGAAGGCGCUCGAUUUUUCUACGGCACACAACGAAGUGCCGAUAGGGUUUCUCGCCGGAUACGUGCACUCGAAGGUCAUUCUCGGUGCCCUGUUACUGGCCAUCGAAAACAUCAACAACGACUCGACGCUGCUUCCGGGAAAGAGAAUCAAACUGAAGCCGGUGGACAUAGGAGCGCAAAAAUCUCUGAAGGCCUUCCCGAUAAGGAAAAUGACAGAAAUGCGCGACGAAGGGAUUGCAGCAUUCAUUGGUCCUGAUGAAACGUGCACCACUGAAGCUUUGGUGGCUUCCGCUUGGAAUAUUCCAAUGAUUUCAUAUAAAUGCGCCGAUGCCGCCGUUUCCGACAAAACCGUAUACAGCAGCUUUGCCAGAACUCUACCACCGGCCUCGAAGGUGUCGAAAAGCGUGAUAUCGUUGCUGGCAGCUUAUAAUUGGCACUGUUUUUCUAUUGUCGCUGGCAAACAUCCCGCUUGGAGCAUGGAAAUUGCGCAAGCAAUCAAGGUCCAGGCAGAGGGAAAUAAUUUAACCGUGAAUCAUUUUCGCGAGUACUCUGAUUACAUUCCGUCGAAAAUUUACAAAUUGCAGAAUAUAGUAGACGAAACAUAUCGCACCACGAGAAUUUACGUUUUUGUUGGAGACUACAUCGAAAUGGUUGAUUUUGUGCGCUGUUUACAGAAUAGAAAUCUGCUGAGUAGUGGUGACUAUAUGGUCAUAUCAAUUGAUGACGAAGUCUACGACCCAAGCACAAAACGUAAUAUCUAUCAAGAGUACUCAGAUUUCUAUCAAAAAUACGCUCGCAACUCGAAGGACACGUUGGCCAAUCGGAAGCGCUACAGCUUCAAGGACAUACAAGAGCGAUUGCAGGAAGCGUUUCUAUCGGUGCUGCGUAUCUCACCUUUGUUUCCGAUGAAUCCACAGUACAAGAAAUUGUGUCAUCAGAUAAAAUUGUACUCUAGACAAGAACCGUUCCGGGUGCCGUUGCCCACCAACCCAAAGAUAUAUCAGGAAAUCCAGGUACCCAUAUACGCUGCUCAUCUGUACGACGCGGUGAUAAUCUAUGCCCGGGCAGCAACCGAAGUCGUCCAAGCCGGAGGGAAUCUGCACGAUGGAAGACAGAUUAUGCGCCAUAUUUUAAACCGCUCCUACCAUUCCAUACAGGGAUUCGACGUUUACAUCGACGAAAACGGAGAUGCCGAAGGAAAUUUCACAGUUAUCGCCCUGCAGAAAGAUGAGAAAGUGAACAACUCCCUUAACAAGUCAAUGCAGCCAGUGGGCAUGUUCGUGUACAGCAGCAACGGCACAAAUCUUCCAGAGUUCAAAUAUUUGAGCUCGCAGCGACCCAUCAUGUGGGUUAAGGGACGUCCCCCAUUGGCCGAGCCUCCGUGUGGAUUCCAUGGCGAGAAAUGUCGACCGAUAACGCGUGACUGGCGGUACAUCACCGGAAUCAUGAUGGGCACUCUGUUUAUCACCAUAUUUGCUGUCAUUCUAUUCAAGCAUUAUCGAUACGAACAAACGUUGGCUUGCUUGCUGUGGAAGGUGGAGAUGAAGGAUGUCACUAUCAUGAGCUCGCCGGAUUUAAUGUACGGUAGCGAUUCGAAAAAGAAGUUGACACAAGUUUGCAGACAAAGUAUUUUAGCGAACGGAGCAGAUACAACCAAACGUGCCUUCACAAACAUAGGUCUGUACCGUGGAAAUAUAGUCGCUAUCAAUUACCUCCACAAACGGUCCGUAGACAUUACGAGAACCAUUCGCAAAGAGUUGAAACAGAUGCGAAAAUUAAGGCACGAAAAUUUGAUCACCUUCAUCGGAGCUUCGGUGGACCACGGUGUAGUUGCAAUCCUGACCAGCUAUUGCGCCCGGGGAAGCCUGGCAGAUGUGUUGGCCAACGAGGAUCUCAGCCUGGAUCACAUGUUCGUGUCGUCGCUGGUGAGUGACAUAGUGAAAGGACUCAUCUAUCUACAUGACAGCGAUGUGGGAUCCCACGGUAAUCUGCGGUCGAGUAAAAUCUUGAUCGACUCUCGAUGGGUAGCCCAGAUAUCGGACUUUGGACUGCAUGAGUUCAAAUCCGGGCAGGAUGAGCCUAAUAAGUUUGAAAAAGAACUACACCGAAGUCUUUGGAAAGCUCCGGAGAUUUUAAGGAAUCCUAAUACUCCUAGCAGAGGCACCCAAAAGGGCGAUGUGUAUUCGUUUGGAAUUGUUUUGUACGAAAUUGUUGGUAUGAAAGGUCCAUGGGGCGAAAUCAAUCUCAACUAUCAGGAAAUUAUCGCAAGAGUUAUCUCACCACAAAACUACGGCAUAUUUCGGCCUCCGCUUCGGGGAUUGGAAGCCUCGGACUAUGUUAUUCAAUGUUUGCAAGCAUGCUGGGAAGAGGAACCUGAUGAUCGCCCAGAUAUUCGGUUAGUGCGAGUCAAGCUGAAGCCAAUGCAAGCUGGAUUAAAGCCUAACAUUUUUGACAACAUGCUAGCCAUUAUGGAGAAGUAUGCGUACAAUUUGGAAGGAAUCGUUCAGGAGCGCACCAACCAAUUGACGGAGGAGAAAAAGAAAACUGAGUCUCUUCUCCUGAGAAUGUUGCCAAGAAGCGUUGCUGAAUCCUUGAUGCGUGGAGAACGUGUAGAGGCUGAGAAUUUCGACUGUGUCACUAUAUUCUUUAGUGAUUUGGUCGGCUUCACAGAGCUGUGUGCCCAAAGCAAUCCCUUUGAGGUGGUGGAAAUGCUGAAUGAUCUCUAUACGUGCUGUGACUUCAUCAUAUCCAGCUACGACGUUUACAAAGUAGAAACAAUAGGAGAUGCGUACAUGGUUGUCUCGGGGCUACCAAUACGGAACGGAGAUCGCCAUGCUGGAGAGAUCGCUUCGUUGGCGCUGCAUUUGUUGAAUUCUCUAUCGAAUUUGGAGAUAAGACAUAGACCUGGAGAAUUCAUUCAAAUAAGAAUUGGUAUUCAUUCUGGGCAAUGUGUUGCUGGAGUAGUUGGACUGAAGAUGCCAAGAUAUUGUCUCUUUGGCGACACUGUCAACACUGCUUCAAGAAUGGAAAGCACGGGAGACGCUAUGAAAAUACAUAUCUCUUCGGUUACGUACAACUUGCUGAAGAAAAUAGGCGGCUACAGGUUCGAAGAACGUGGCGUGAUCAAUGUUAAGGGAAAAGGCGAUAUGCGAACGUAUUGGUUAGUAGGAGAAGAUGAUCAGAAAAGAAUGGAUCGUUUUGGAUCGAAUGAAGCUGUAAAAAAUAUGUCUUUAUCGAUCAUCCCGGACUUGAUUUGUACCCCUGGACAUUCCCAACCGGAACUACAGUAUGCCUCUCGACGUCCUUUGCACACCUGUAGUGAUCAAGAGCUACCCGUUGAGAACAUCCCCGGAACCUUAGGGUGCUACAUCUGCCGGAAGCGGAAAAUCUACAAAAUGCCAAUGAUCUCACAUGCUACAUCUCAUAGUCAUUCGGUCAACGGAUCAGGAGCUGCCGUCGCAGACGAAGCGCUUUGUACUUGUCGCCACCAGCAUUGCUUGUUUGACUAUUACAACGAUACGCUGAUGACCGUGAGAACCAUCCGGGAACCAAGAUCGGCUCCGCAUAUUACUUUUAUGCAGUGAACAGUGUAGACUGAUACCCAUCAUGGCAACGAAAUGGUUUCAUAAGUGUACCAAACAAAUAUUAUACAAAGUAUAUCAAUGCAAGUUAUGUUGGAAAUUUAUAAAUGUUUUGCCGGUUAUGAAUGAUCAUA